CCGUCUCGUGUAGCAGCAGCUUUGCCAUUUUUAGGUACAGAGGCCGAGCUGUCCAGACCGGGUGCCGUGGGCCACAGGAGCAAGAGCCAGGGCUGGAUGUGUCCCUGUUGUUGGCAGUGAGAGAUGGCUGAUUUCUGCAGCAGGCUCUGGGUGCUCCAGCUGAACCUCUGGGCGAUGGCUCUGGCCACAGGUGGGAUCUCAGCAGACAACAGCACCUGGAACAGCACAGACAGUGGGUGCAUCACGGUGAGGCAGUACCCACGCUUUGUGGGGGCCAAGAGGAACACCCCCAUCCAGUUCAUCUGCUACUUCGAGGACCCCCACAGCAUCCAGUGGUACAAGAUGGCAGAGGGCAGCGACGACUUCCACGAGCUGAGUACCAGCACCCCCCGCUACAGCAUCCAGACAACAGAGAACUUCACCAGCUUCACCAUCUCCAGCAUCACCUACGAGGAUAACGGCAUCUACGUCUGUGACAGGAAGAACCUCACAGCGCAGCAGCGGCCGCACGACUGCGGGACACAGCUCAAGGUCCUGAGUCACAGUAACAUCCGGCAGGUGCAGAGCAGGAACACCCUGAAGGACGCCAUCAUCAUCAUCCAGUCCAUCCUGCUUGUCAUCUUCAUCAGUGUCCCCAUACUCCUCUUUCUCAAUAAAGGCGAAGGCAAGGAAAGCCUGGAGGAGGACCACACCUAUGAGGGCCUGGAGGUGGAGCAGAUGGCCACCUACGAGGACAUCACCCCCUUCCGGGAUGUGAAGGCCAAGUGGACAGUUGGGGAGCACCCAGGAGAAGAGUGAGGGGUCCUGCACCCAGCGCCAGCAUCCACAGGGACCGGCCUCAGCUCCUGUCCUGGACCACAGCUUCGAUGAGUGCCUGGAUCCCAGGCUGUGAUCCCUGGUUGCAAACCACCUCCGGCGUCCCUGCACAGAGCCCAGGCCCUGCUAUACACCCCUAAAGCCCCUGUAGAAAUUAGGAGCCACCUGCAAACCCCCCAGUAUCAACCUGGCCCCAAGCCCCGGCAGACCCACACCACACCAGCACUGAGCUCCUGCAUGGGCAAUGCCACGCAAGCCCCACAGUGGGUGGGGGUCUCCUCCAGCCCCACCACCCCUGGGAAGGACAGGACCAGCCAUGGUCACUGUGCGCUGCAAGGACCCUCCUGGCCUGCGAGACCCCACUGCAGCCCUGGCAGAGGAGCCAAGGUGAGCAGCACCAUGUGGAUGAUGGAGGAGGAUUUGGUGCCACCAGUAGCCUUCCAGCCAUGGCUGUACCCAGCAGCUGUCGGAGGUAGAGGAUCCUCCAAACCCACUUCAUUUUCCUCAAAGAUGACAGGAAAAGCUGGGGAUGCAGCUCUCAAGAGCUGGCCCGUGCCAUGAAGAUGUCCCUGCACUGAGGGACCCGUGCAACCUCAGAACGGAUGGGACAGAUGUGCACU